GAACUAAACUUCUAUAAGUGCCCAUAUUAUUUGUAUCAAAUCUCUGUUGUGUAUUAUAAUUAGCAUGAAGAUGUUAUUCGUGAUACUUGUAUGUAUCAGUCUCAAUGCUAUCGCUCAAGCACAAGAAAAUCCAGGUUUCAUAAGCAUCGACUGUGGAGCACCUAAUGGUUAUCACGAUGACAACCUUGACAUUUACUACACGAUAGACACGGGAUUUGUUGAGUCAGGGAAAAACAUGCAGAUUUCUUCGAAGUACAUCGAUCGAGUUCCUAUGCAACAGCUAAUGAACUUGAGAUGCUUUCCUAAUGGAACAAGGAACUGUUACACGCUAAGGCCAACGCAAGGGAAGAGCAAGAGAUAUCUAAUCCGGGCAUCUUUCUUUUACGGAAAUUAUGAUACUCUCUCCCAAACCCCAACAUUCGACCUCUAUAUCGAUGUAAACUACUGGAUCACCGUGAAAGAUCCAUCAAACUACACGUACGAAGAGAUUAUAUACACUACCUCAAGAGAUUAUAUACAAGUGUGUCUUGUGAAUCGGGGCUCGGGGGUUCCCUUCAUUUCAGCACUAGAGCUACGAACCCUCGACAAUUCCACUUAUGAUACUUCAGCUGGAGCACUACAGACCUCAUGGCGAUAUAAUAUUGGGUCCAAAACCACAUACAGGCAUCCGCAAGAUGACUAUGACCGGAUUUGGGAAGGCCAGAGUUUCAAUUGGACUACAAUCACAAACAAGACGAAUGUUGACAGCUUAAGAAGCACAAACAAUGCGUAUAAAGUUCCACUGGAAGUCCUAAUGACUGGCCAACAAUCCCUGGAUAAUAUUUCAAGCAGCCUGAAAUUAUUCUGGAUUUCUUCUGAACCCACAUAUAAAUGGUACUUGUUCUUUCACUUCGCCGAGUUUCAGGUAUUGCGAUCCGGACAGCUGAGGCGAUUCAGAGUUUACGUCAAUGAUAACAAACUGAUAACAACCGUUACACCUGAGUACCUCAAACCUGUGACCGUGUCCACGUUUCCCUUUGAUGGGACCGUCCUGAACUUCUCAAUCACCUCUGUGACUUCUCAAUCAAGCCUCCCGCCGUUCCUCAAUGCUGUCGAGUGGUUUCGUUCCAUUGACCUUCCACAUUCUACCACGGACUUAAAUGAUGUUACCGGUAUUAACAGCAUCAAGACGAUUUACGGAGUGGCUAUAGAUGACUGGCAGGGCGAUCCAUGUGUUCCAGUGUCUUUUAUUUGGAGUUUUUUGAACUGCAGCGAAGACGAUAUUCCGAGGAUCAUCUCCUUGAACUUGAGCUCUAGCAAUUUGAAGGGGAGCAUUGCUACCUCAUUCUCCAGUCUCACGGCAUUAGUCUCCCUGGAUCUAUCGUUCAAUGAACUAAGUGGACAGAUACCUGAUUUUUUUGCUGACAUGCCGAAUUUGAGGAUCUUAAACUUAAGUGGAAACAACCUCAACGGUUCAAUUCCUGCAGUUCUUGAAAAGAAGAUGGCGGAUAAGACAUUGCAAUUAAGCUUGGAUGGUAAUCCGAAUCUUUGUCGACAAGACUCUAAUUGCAAUCAAGACGGCCGCAAGAAGAAAAAUACCGUUGUCCCAGCUGUUGCUGCUACUGUGGGCUCAUUGGCUCUGGUAUUCUUUCUCAUUUGUGCCAUCGUUGUCAUUCGCAGACGUAGGAAGAAGAUAGAAGAAAUUAAUACUGGAUCAAUGGAAGUCACUGCAUCGAAGGAACAUAGACCUAAGGAGGUAUCCGAGCCUAGUACUGGUACCGGAUUUAACGAGGGGCGACUAGUAGUUGGAAAGAACCGACCAUUUACAUCUGCUGAAGUUUUGAGUAUCACCGGGAACUUCAGAACAGUUAUCGGGGAAGGUGGAUUCGGAAACGUGUACCUUGGAACUCUCGAUGAUGGUUGGAAAGUCGCAGUGAAAGUGCUCUCUCAGUCAUCAAAGCAGGGCUACAAGGAAUUCCAAGCAGAGGCACAGCUUCUGAUGAUUGUUCAUCACAAAAAUCUUGUUUCUCUCAUCGGGUAUUGCGAAGAUUUCGAUAACAUGGCCCUGAUUUAUGAAUUUAUGCCCAAUGGAAACUUAAGGCAGCAUCUGGCAGGAAACACAUCUAAUGUCAUAAGUUGGAGUCAGAGACUGCAAAUUGCAAUAGACGCAGCACAGGGGCUGGAGUAUUUGCAUAAUGGUUGCCGACCUUCGAUCAUUCACAGAGAUCUCAAGACUUCAAAUAUCCUUCUAAAUGAGAACAUGCAAGCCAAAAUAGCUGAUUUUGGUCUCUCUCGGGUUUUCAUGAUGGAAGAUGGCUGUCAAAUUUCGACUCAACCUGCCGGCACACCCGGUUACCUUGACCCGGUGUUCAACACGGGUGGAAACUUGAACAAGAAAAGUGAUGUGUACAGCUUCGGGAUCAUUCUGUUCGAGCUGAUUACCGGACAGCCUGCUAUUCUAAGAAGUCCGACGGGCAGUAUUCACAUCGUUAAAUGGGUGACUCCACUCAUCGAAGGAGGCAAUAUUCAGAAGAUGGUCGAUCCCAUGAUACAUGGCCAGUUCAAUUCCAAUUCCAUCUGGAAGGCAAUUGAAAUCGCUAUGCAGUGCGUGCAGCCGAAUCCGGUUCAAAGGCCCGACAUUAAUCAUGUAUUGCUGGACUUGAAGGAAUGCCUAGCCGUGCAGGUUGGUCGUGGUAGGGGUCAAGGGAUGGGGGAUCACAGUAUGAAGAGCACUUUCGGAAUGACAGCCUCUUUGGAGGCACUGGAAUUGGCUCCCGAUGCUCGGUAGUCAGUUGUCACUGCGAAAUGGCUCUCGCUUGCCUCGACAUUUAAUGUGAAACUGAGGAUAUUGGCAUUUAGAUAUGUGAAGAUAUGUUGUGAAAUUUGGGUGAACUUUGUGAAUGAACUCCAAGUCAGUAUCCAAACAAAAUGUUGGAAAUUUGAUCUUCA